UUAAAUUCCCAAUAUAUAAACGAUUUCAUCACCUACUCCGGCCUCCAUUGACACCGCAAAGAGCUACCAGACUUCAGCAUCUAAAAUCGCCAACAACAAUGAACUCGAAACAAAUUGUCAUCCUGACAUUGGCCAUUGGCUGUGUCGCCGUUGUCAAUGCAGGCUACCGUCAAACGUAUGGCCGUGCCGUCGACGCUAGACAACUAAACCCGGAAGCCCCAGUGACUGAAGGGGUGCGUAAUAACUUCAUCUCUAUUCUUACCCGGGUAGCCAAUGCUUCCGAAAUUGCGGGGACCAACGUCUCUCGAGCUGCCGCUCUUCUUGUUCGUGGCGUCGUAAGGGAAGGAUUCAAUCUGGGAUCUGUCGCCACUUAUCUGCCUCGUCUCCUCUUCUUGGACGGACCCAACCAGUUCAUCGAAACCCUCCGUCUCAUCCGAUCCAACCAACUUCGUCUUCCAAACGACAUGGAUUCUGCCAUUGACACCCUGAUCACUUUCACCGGGUCAGUCCGUGAUUCUGGAAUUACUGGAAAUUUCUCCCCCGUUGUGGAAUUUUUCCCCAAUAUAUUUACUGGAGUAGAGAAAUUCGUCCAGGACUUGUUAUACAACGUUUUCUCUUGGUUGGCCCCCAUCCCCCCAGCUGCUUCACUGGAUCAAGCCAUCAAAGGUCAAGCAGUCCGAAUCGUACCAACCACAUUUGCACCAGUUUAAGAAAUCAAUUUGAGAGGAGGAAUAAUUUGUGUGCUAAAUUAUUAUGAUGAGUUAAAUUAUUUUUAUGGGCUUGAGUGAGGAAUAAAUUCAAAAUUCUAAAUCUA